GGACUCUGAUGGCCCGCCCCUUCCGCUCGGGAAAAGCGAACUCCCAGAGCGUCUUCCGGCGGGAGCUGUACGGCUCCUUACCAUGGGGACAAUUCAUCUCUUUCGAAAGCCGCAGAGAUCCUUUUUUGGAAAGUUACUACAGGAAUUUAGACUUGUAGCAGCCGACCGCAGGUCCUGGAAGAUACUUCUCUUUGGUGCAGUCAACGUGCUUUGCACUGGCUUCCUGCUCAUGUGGUGCAGCUCUACUAACAGCAUAGCUUUAACUGCUUAUACUUACCUCACCAUUUUUGAUCUUUUUAGUUUAAUAACAUGUUUAAUAAGCUACUGGGUAAUGAUGAGGAAGCCUAGCCCUGCCUAUUCAUUUGGGUUUGAGAGAUUAGAAGUCCUGGCUGUGUUUGCUUCUACCGUCUUGGCACAGUUGGGAGCCCUCUUUAUACUCAAAGAGAGUGCAGAACGCUUUUUGGAGCAGCCUGAGAUACACACGGGAAGAUUAUUAGUUGGUACUUUUGUGGCUCUUUGUUUCAACCUGUUCACGAUGCUUUCUAUUCGGAAUAAACCUUUUGCUUAUGUCUCUGAAGCUGCUAGUACGAGCUGGCUUCAGGAGCACGUGGCAGACCUUAGUCGAAGCUUGUGUGGGAUUAUCCCAGGACUCAGCAGUAUCUUCUUGCCCCGCAUGAAUCCAUUUGUCCUGAUUGACCUUGCUGGGGCAUUUGCUCUCUGUAUAACAUACAUGCUGAUUGAAAUCAAUAAUUACUUUGCUGUGGAUACUGCAUCUGCGAUUGCCAUUGCCCUGAUGACGUUCGGCACCAUGUAUCCCAUGAGUGUGUACAGUGGGAAAGUUCUUCUCCAGACAACACCACCUCAUGUUAUUGGUCAGUUGGACAAGCUGAUCAGAGAGGUAUCUACCUUGGAUGGAGUCUUAGAAGUCCGAAACGAACACUUUUGGACCCUCGGAUUUGGCUCAUUGGCUGGAUCAGUGCAUGUAAGAAUUCGACGAGAUGCCAAUGAACAGAUGGUUCUUGCUCACGUGACCAGCAGGCUGUACACACUUGUGUCCACUCUGACUGUUCAGAUUUUCAAGGAUGAUUGGAUUAGACCAGCCUUAGUGUCUGGGCCUGUGGCCCCCAACGUCCUGCACUUCUCAGACCAUCAUCACAUAAUCCCAAUGCCUCUUUUGAAGAAUACUGAUGACAUGACCCCCGUCACAUCAACACCAUCCAAACCUACCAGCCCACCUCCGGAGUUUGCAUUUAAUACCCCUGGGAAAAACAUGAGCCCAGUUAUUCUGAACACACAGACAAGGCCGUAUGGUCUGGGUCUUAAUCGUGGAUACACGCCAUACAGCAGUGUGCUCAGCCAAGGACUGGCACUUCCAGGAAGUGGAGCAGGCCAGGGCUUGAGGCCUACCUUCCCACAUGUACCCAGUAGGUAUGGAAACAGCAGGACGGGGCAGCCAAGACCUUGAAGGACUCUACCUUAUCUUUAUGGGGAAUGUCGACUCCUUGGCUUCUCGUGUAUUUAGUAAUCCAACUUGCAUCGACUGUUCACCCAUUUAAGUGUCAGAUUAUUGCAGGUUUGUUCAUAUUUCAUGAAACCUAUAAACUCUAUUUUUGUAAAAUGCUCUUGUGGCAGUGGGGUCUUUGAAAAUGCCAUGGGUGUUGAGUGAGCUUCCUUCAAAAAGCCCGUUUCUCUCAGCUGGAAUAUCGGCUGUUUUGUAGCCUCCCACAGUGGGGUGUGACCCCACCUCUAAUGGGAAAGCCAAGUGGGGUGUGCAUCCACACUUCACCAACAGUACUUCAUUCCUCCAGAGCUUCAUGUGUGCUGCCCAUUUCAGGAAGUGGAAACCAAGUGUCCAUUUGAAAAGUCAAAGUCUCUUUUGUAGCUUUUCUAAGCUUAAUUGCUACGUUUUUUUGAGGUCCUCCUGAACCAUUUUUUGUUAAAUAAAAAGUAAACGUUUUUAUUGGAAAUUGUGAGACAUAUUCUACUACCUAGCACAAUUUAAUUCUUAUUACUAGUCUUUUGAAGCAGGGUCCUGCUAUAUAGACCAGGCUGGCUUCAAACCCAUAAUCCUCCUUCCUCAGUCUCCCAAGUACUGGGAUUGUAGGUUUUGAGCCACCAUACAGGUAUAGUCUAAAUUCUUAAGUAACAGGUUUUAAAUAAAGUUUUUUUUCAUUUACAAAUGUAGUACAUUUGUAAAUAGUCCACUA